AUAUAAAAUGAAUAAAAAUCAUUUUCUAAAGUAUUUUCAUUUUAAUAAAAUUUUACUUCAUUUCUGCGGUGUUCUUCCCAUAGAAACAUGGGGUUCUAUAACCAAUGCAUUUUCAAUUGCAUUGCCAUUUUGUGCUACUGGUUUUUUAAUUCUUCCAUUUUUUUAUACUUUUAUAUUUCGUAAUAUAGAUUUUGAAACUGCUGUAGACAUUUUUGCUUUACUGUUGGAAGGAAUUGCUGCAACUUUUAAAGUAAUAUUAUUAUUGAGAAAGAGGAAACAAUUAAAAAACCUAGUUUUUCUCUGCAAUGGUUUAUGGGAAAAUGUGAAAAAUGAACAAGAAGCUGAAGUAACGAAACAUUAUGCAAUAAGAGGGAUGUAUUUCACCUAUGGUUUUUUCGUUAAUAUUCUAGUUGCGUUAAUAAAUGUUCUCGUUCAACCAGCCUUUGAUAAAUUUGUUACAAAUUCAAAUGGCACAAUGCUGUCCAGCAAGACACUUCCAUUCGCCUCAGGUUUAUUUCAUGAAAAUGUACAAAUUUUCAAUAUUUGGUAUUUAAUGCAAAUUCCAGCUGGAAUCGUUGCACUUGUACUGAUAGUGGGAAUAGAUACUGCUGUCGUAGUUUUUAUCUUACAUGCCUGUGCUCACUUUAAUUUACUACAAUAUCGAUUGUUGAAACUUAAGCAGUUAUGCGAAAUGUAUCAAAAAGAAGCAAAGGACACUUUUCAAGAAAUUGUAACAAUCGUUCAAUAUCACCAAGAUAUUUUAGAGUAUUCGGAAGCUGUAGAGGAUGUAUUCAAUCCUGUGGUUCUUUUACAAACUGUCAUAAGUAUAGUUGCCAUUUGCAUUUUUGGAAUCAAUUGUAUGUUGAAAGAUGAAGAUAUUUUGAAUCAAGUUUUACACGUUGUGGGUGGAAUUCUGCAACUCUUGAUGUUUUGUUGGCCCCCUAAUAAUCUUCAGACUGAAAGCUAUAAUAUUGGUAUGAAAACUUACGAUCUACCUUGGUAUAAUUGGCCGAAACAGGAAAAAAAAUUGGUGGAGAUAAUGAUCUUUAGAUCCCAAAAAUUUGCAUUUCUGUCAGCUGGUAAAUUUACCUCCAUGUCUCUGCGAACAUUUACUUCUAUUCUUUCAUCAGCAUACUCAUUCUUCACUCUUCUAAGAAGGAUUUUAUAAACUUUUAAAUUUUAACUAAUUAAAAU